UGUUCCCAAGCAGUACCUGGCUGGGGAAAGCCGUGUCGAGCGCAGGAGUUGGCGGCUUGUGGUCUCACUGUUAGAGUUACAGCCCAUGACCUGAGGUGAUGAGAAGGUUUUUGUUGCUGUAUGCUACACAGCGAGGACAGGCGAAGGCCAUAGCAGAGGAAAUAAGUGAGCAGGCUGUGGCACAUGGGUUUUCUGCAGAUCUUCACUGUAUUAGCGAGUCGGAAAAGUAUGAUCUGAGAACUGAGACUGCUCCUCUGGUAAUGGUUGUAUCCACCACGGGCACUGGAGAUCCACCUGACACAGCCCUCAAGUUUGUUAAAGAAAUACGUGACAAGACAUUACCCAUAGACUUCUUUGCUCACCUGCGAUACGGAUUAUUGGGUUUGGGCGACUCAGAAUACACAUACUUCUGCAAUGGAGGGAAGGUAAUUGAUAAACGCCUUCAGGAGCUUGGAGCCCAGCACUUCUAUGACACUGGACAUGCCGACGACUGUGUAGGUCUAGAGCUCGUGGUAGAGCCGUGGAUUGCUGGACUCUGGGCUGCCCUCACCAAGCACUUUAAGUCACUUGGAGGACAAGAAGAAAUGAGUGACGCACUCCCACGGGCAUCAGCCGCCCCCUUGAACACUGCUGGGAAGCUGGAAUUGUCACACAUCCAGUCACAAGUUGAACUUCUGAGACUAGAGGAUGUGGGGAAAAGGGAUUCUGAGGUUUGGGAACAAAAUGAAACAAACAGGAGUCAGACCAGUGAUUUGAUUGAAGACUCUGAGUCCUCGCUCGUCUGCUCUGCUCCCCCACUCUCACAGGCCCCGCUAAGUAUUCCUGCUCUGCCCCCUGAGUACUUGGAGGUGCAUCUUCAGGAGCCUCUGGGCCAGGAGGAAAUCCCGACAUCUGUGACUUCGGUAGAUCCAGUUUUUCAAGUUCCAAUUUCAAAAGCUGUUCAGCUGACUACAAAUGAUGCCAUAAAGACCGCGCUGCUGUUAGAAUUGGACAUUUCAAAAAUUGAGUUUUCCCAUCAACCUGGAGAUUCCUUCAAUGUGAUCUGUCCAAACAGUGAUGCUGAGGUUGAAACCCUGCUUCAAAGGCUGCAACUGGCUGAUAAGAGAGCACACCGUGUCAUCUUGAAGAUUAAGGCCGACACCAAGAAGAAAGGAGCUGCUGUGCCCCAACAUGUGCCCGAGGGCUCUUCACUCCAGUUCAUCCUCACCUGGUGUCUGGAAAUACGAGCAGUUCCUAAAAAGGCGUUUUUGCGCGCCCUGGCCGACUGUAGCAGCAGUGCUGCUGAGAAGCGGAGGCUGCAGGAGCUGUGCAGUAAACAGGGGGCAGCUGAUUACAACCGCUUCAUCCGCGACACCGGCGUCUGCCUGCUCGACCUGCUCCUCACCUUCCCGGCCUGCCAUCCUCCACUCAGCCUUCUGCUCGAGCACCUUCCCAAACUCCAGCCUCGACCAUACUCAUGUGCAAGCUCAAGCCUAUUCCAUCCAGACAAGCUCCACUUCGUCUUUAACAUCGUAGAGUGUCCGUCUCACACCGCAGCGGCCACACUGCGGAAGGGGGUGUGCACAGGCUGGUUGGCCACACUGGUUGCUCCAUUUCUUCAGGCAAACACAGAAGCUUCGCCUGCAGGCAGUCCUGAUGGCCUGGCUCCUAAGAUAUCCAUCUCUCCUCGAGCGACACAUUCCUUCCACUUACCUGAUGACCCUUCGGCCCCCGUCAUAAUGGUGGGUCCAGGCACUGGCGUGGCCCCCUUCAUUGGCUUCCUCCAGCACAGAGAGAAGCUCCAAGAACAACACCCAGAUGGAAAUUUUGGAGCAAUGUGGCUGUUUUUUGGCUGCAGACAUAAGGACAGAGACUAUCUGUUCAGAGAGGAGCUCAGGCGUUUCGUCAAGAUUGGGGUCUUGACUCACCUGAAGGUCUCCUUCUCCAGAGAUGCCCCACCAGAGGAGGAGGCCCCAGCAAAGUAUGUGCAAGACAACCUCCAGCGUCACAGCCAGCAGGUGGCUAGGAUCCUCCUUCAGGAGAAGGGCCACAUUUACGUGUGCGGAGAUGCCAAGAACAUGGCUAAAGAUGUGAAUGACGCCCUGGUGGAAAUCAUAAGCAGAGAGGCUGGCGUAGACAGACUAGAAGCCGUGAAAACACUGGCAGCAUUCAAACAAGAGAAGCGCUAUCUUCAGGAUAUUUGGUCAUAAACUGGAAGGAGGACAUGUUUCUUCCCUCUUAAAAUGCCAAAAGACAAUUUUACUGAAGCUAAGUUUAAAAUUUUUCAAAAAUUUCUUGCAAGAGGUUGUGUGGAGAACAAUCACUGAGUGGAGCAAUCUCACGGGAGGUCUCCCACUCCUCACUUGCGGCCCCGCCCACUCCUCGCCUGCGGUCCCGCCCACUCCUCGCCUGCGGCCCCGCCUACCCAGGGCAGAGCGGUGUGGUGGUGCAAAGGCAGCUUGAAUUGCACAUGCCCCACGCACCCCCUACCACCCCAGAGGACAGGUAGUCGAUGGCUCACCUGUGCCUGGGCACAUUAUGGAAAAUUUGUGGAUAUAAUAUCUUUCUAUGAAGUAUACACAAAGAAUAGUCAUAACAGUAAUAUUUAAAUCAUGUAAGCCAUACUUUUUGGAUAUUUAUAUAAUUAUUUGAUUAUGGUUUAUUAUCAAAAUUAUAUUUCUGAUAAAAUAUUUUAAUUUUGAGGUAACCCUUAUAAAGGUUUUUAUGCUACUAGAAAUAUAUUUGAAAUCCUUCUCUGCCUUUUUCAUCAUGACUUUUUGUAAUAUCACAAUUCUGAAGCGCAGGGGCAUUUACAUUACCCUCACAGAAGACACCAUGUGUACAUUUCAGUCUUGUUACACUGUUCUUCUCAUGGACGCCUUUCAUCUCUGCUCCUCACUAAUAGAGAUGGUUCUUUCCAAUAUUGGUUUUAUUUCUGUGUACCACUCAGGUUAUGUCAAGCCUUAAAACACUGUAGUUAGAUUUCUGAUUCCAAAUCCUAUGAAAGUUAUGAAAAUAAAGUAUAUGAAAGGCUUCUGUAUUAGUUACGCAUGUUGUUGCUGGGACUAAGCAACUUCAGGAGGGGAUGUUUAAGCAGUCACGUCAUGUCCACAAGGAGAAGGAGACUGCCUGUGCCUAGCUAGCUUUCUCCUUUUCAUACACUAGAACUCCACCCAUGGUGUGAGUCUGCCAACAUUGAGUGUGGGUCUCUCCACCUCAGCCCAGGCUUGUCCAGAGAUCGGUCUCCAGGGUGAUUCUAGACCUGUCAACUGACUCUAUAACUCUAGCAGGUAUAAUAAAACU